AUUAUUCCAUUCUUAACGGUAAAGAAUUUAUGACAGAUUUAAAUUCUAAACAACAAUCUCUCUGUCCAUGUACUGAAACUGCUGCUGCAGAUGUUAUGUUCAUGUGUUUAAUAUUAGGGCUAAGACAUAAUUUAUCAUGGGAAGCUCAAAUAGAUAUUUUAAAAAUGUUCAAUACUAUUUAUGGAGAUAAUACGAUUAAAGUAACAAAAUAUAGCUAUUUCCAAUUGUUAGAUACAGAGAGAGAAAACAUAUCUUUUCAUAUUUAUUGCCCCGACUGUGAGAUAUAUCUUGGAAUAAAGAAAGAAUUGAAAGGGAAUGAGAUAUGUACAAACUGUGAUGCUAAUAUUGAUGUUUCAAAUUCAUCAAAUUUCUUUAUCUCAGUAUCUUUAGAGUCUCAGUUAAAAAAAUUGAUUAAAGACAAUAAUUUUGUCCAUGCUGUAAUGAAUCAUAGAUUUAAUCGAAAUAAAAUAAAAGAAGAUGCUUUGGAAGAUAUUUAUGAUGGAGAAGAAUACAAAAAGCAUUUUGAGAAUGGUGGUAUAUUAUCUUCACCAUAUAAUUUAUCUUAUUUUUUUUUCACUGAUGGUAUUCACACAGGUAAAUCGAAUAACAAGACACUUUGGCCAAUAUAUCUAACUAUAAAUGAAUUACCAGUUUCAGAACGAAACAAGUAUGUUUUGCUUGCUGGCUUGUACAUAGGGUCCAAAGAUCCUAAUCAGAAAGUUUUUUUACAGCCAUUUAUCAAUGAAGCCAAUAAGCUUUCUACAGAAGGAUUCAGAUGGAUGCAUAAUGGCAAUGAAAUUAUUAGUAAAGUUAUUCCACUUUGUUGCAUUGCUGAUUCAGUUGCAAGGUAUCAAUUACUUAAUUUUCAAUCAUUUGCUGCCUACUAUGGUUGCACAUUUUGUUAUCAAAAGUCGGAACGUACACGGAGAGGACAAAGAUUUACAAUUUCAAUUUAUCCUGCUGAAGAAAGAACAUUGGAAUCCACGAAAAAAGAUUUACUUGAAACAUUUGAAAGAAAAGAUGAAAUAAAUAAAAACAAAAGACAAUAUAGAGGAGUAAAAGGUUUUUCACCGUUAAUGUCAUUAAAUUUCUUCAAUUUUAUAAAUGGAUUUGUGGUUGAUUAUAUGCAUAACAUUCUACUUGGAGUAACGAAACUACAUACUGAACUUAUUCUACAAUAUACUUAUAAAAAGUUUUGGCAUAUCUCAGAAAGUGUAGGAAUAAGCCAUGUGCUGAGCACGAUUGACGAAAGGCUUUUAAUAAUACGUCCUCCGUCUUCUAUAACAAGGACCCCUCGCUCUAUCAAAGAUAUAAGUAAAUGGAAAGCGUCCGAAUGGAGAGCAUGGUUAUUAUUUUAUUCUGUGCCAUGUUUUAAAGGUUUGCUGAAGAAGAAAUAUAUAAAUCACAUUGCUAUGUUAUCUGCAGCAACUAAUAUUUUAUUACAAAAAUCAAUGACACGUGAAGAAGUAUUUCGAGCUCAUAAACUUUUUUUGUGCUAUAUGUAUUUAUUUCAAAAGUAUUUUAGUGAAGAAAACAUGGUGUACAAUAUUCAUCUUUUGUCACAUAUUUGCAAAGGUGUUCUCAACUGGGGUCCAUUAUGGACUCAUAAUUCCUUUCUAUACGAAGGUCAAAACCGUUAUCUUAUGCAAUUAUAUCAUAGUCCUUCGAAUGUUAUUUUACAAAUUGCACGCAAGUUUCUUAUUUAUACUUCAAUACCCUAUUUGUGUUCAAACCUUGUUUUGUCAAAAAACACUAUUGAGUUUUCCGAGAAAAUUUAAAAAAAAAA